CACGCCGUCUCCCCCAACCUGACCCGCAGUCCUUCCUUCCGUCUGCUCCUUCUCUCCUCUUCCUUCAUUUCAUUUCUUCCCCUUUGCAUCCUUCCCUUGACCUCGUCUCGGGUGGUUAGGCAUCACACCGCCAGAAUUCGAGUCCUCCAAUCUGCUGGGCUGGCCAACACGCAAGGCGCUUCGCAAGCGAGGAUACGACCGACCUCUUAGGCAUCAGACAGACCUCGGAGCUUGAAAGUGGGCCUGUGCCUGAGCCUGAGCCUGUGCCGGUCCCUGGACCAGCUCCAUCCACCUCCACCAUGGCCGACGCUAGUGCCCCGGCCUCGUCCGCCCCCGAAUCCAAGCUCGACGCCGACCCGCCCACCACUGAUUCUCCCCCCGUCAUCUCUGACCCCAAAGCUCCCCCCGCCCCCAUCACCGAGCCCGUCGCCAAAAAGUCCGUCUGCUCCAAGCACCCCACAAAAGAGCAGGAUCCCAAUCGGUCCACCAAGAAAAAGAAGGCCCACCGGAAGGCAUCCUCCAUCGUCACCCCCAGCGAUGACAGCUCGCCGGAAAUAAACUCCACCACUGACGAAUCUAACCCGGACUCCGCAUCCGACGGCGAAGCCACCCAGUCCUCAUCCGAGUCCGCGUCGGAUCGCAAGCAGCGCCGCCGACGGGCCAAGAACAAGGCGAAGAAAGCUCUGAAAGGUGGCAGAAAGAAGAAGAGCCGGUCGCAUCAGACCGAUUCGGAUUCUACUUCCGAUGACGAGGACAGCGAUGACUCCGAUUCUACGCUCGAUGAAAAGACCCUGAAAAAGCUGGUCGCCAAGCUCAAAGCGAAGAAAAACGCAAAGAAAUCGCGGUCAAAGCAAGAUUCGUCCGAGGAACUGCCAGAUGAAGAUGACGGCGACGACGACGACGACGACGCGGAUGCGGAAGAGUUGGCGCUCUUGCUGGCCAAGCAGAAACUGGCUACCUUACGAAUCAAGCUCGCUGACGGGCGUCGGAAAGGUCGAGGCAAACGUGGCUUGAACGAUGGACUCACGGAAAGUCAGAAGGGGAGCUCUCAGAAGACCAAGGGUCGGAAGAAGGCGGCCUCCAAGAUUGCAUUUAAACGGGUAGAUCAAUUGUGGGACAAUACAAUCCACAACUUUAAGCUGACCGAGACGGUCGAUGACCCCGACGCAAACGAGUGGGACCAGUACCUUUUCACCGUGCGUCGCAAAUUCGACUGGGACAACAAAUAUCUGGAGACCGUGGUGGACCUGAAAAGCAAGUACCUCCGCGAUGCGCUGGCCAAGGUCAUGGACGGAGUCAAGGGCGUCAGCUUGGUGCAGGAGACGGCGGUCGUCGAUCCAAACAUGCUCUUCCUAUAUCUUGAGGAGACGCGACAAUACAUGAAGGACCUUGCGCAGCUAGCCAAAGCAGAAAAAAAGAGAAAAGCCCGAAAAGUAGCCGAGCUCAAGGCAUCCCAUCUGAAGGUGCUCAUUAAGUAUCUGGACACGGAUUACGCCGAAACUAAGAAAACUCUGUAUCCGCUUCUGGACGCCAAUAUGAUCACCUUCGAUCUCCUGUGGGCCAUCUUCAAGCCUAACACUGUGGCGUACUCCUCCACGUAUGGAAACCAGGACGAGCCGCGCGCGUUCAAGAUUGAGUAUGCCACCAAGGAGUCUUCCUUCAUGAAGGGCCAAUGGUACAGCAUUGAGGGCCGCUAUCUCGAAUACGACGGCAAGGCCUUUGGCAUGGGCACCAUGGCUGCGGAGGUUGAGUCCUUCAAGGGCGCCCGCAAGAUCACCAGUCUCAGCUGCUAUCCCCUGAAGUACCAUCGCGAAGCCGAGAGCGUCAAGGCGAAGCUGAUUGAGCGGGGCAAGAAGUUCGUGGCGCUACGAGGCAUGAACUAUCGGUUUCACAAGGGCAUGGCCUUCUAUAAGAAGAAGCGGUCCGUCAUCAAGGUCAACAUUAACGGCCGGGUGAUGAUUGAUCCCGCCAUCCACCGGCGCAUCAACCCCAAUUACCCGAUCAGCACCGUCCGUCCUAAGGACCCCGACUAUCUCGACGGCUCCGAUAACGACGGCAGCGAUGAUGGGUGCUGCUGCGCCAUGUCCGACUCGGAUUCCGAGCAGGCCUUCGGGCAACUGCGCGACUCGGAUGCCCCACAAGUCCGGUACAAGGUGGUGCGAGACAAGGAGGGCAAGCCGCAUGUCGUUGAGGUCGAGCUGGAUGAGAACGGCAACGAGAUUCGCAAGGAGGACAUGGAUGAGGUCGAGGAUCCCUCCGACCGCGAUUUCACCGAAGAGGAGCUUCUCAUCGCUAGUCCGGUGGUGCUCGGUUUCGCCUUCAGCGAGAAGCUAUGGCUCGAGUUUAGCAUCUCGGGCAUCAGCGAUAUUGAGUGGAAUGAAGACGCCUUCGACUCUCUUGUCCUCCCGGACAACCAGAAAUCCAUCGUCAAGGCCCUCGUCGAGUCUCAUACCUUCCGCGCUGCCCAGAACAUUGACGACGUCAUCCAGGGCAAGGGCAAGGGCCUCGUCGCCGUGCUCCAUGGGCCCCCAGGAACCGGCAAGACCUUGACAGCCGAAGGGAUUGCUGAGCUCCUUAAACGUCCACUCUACAUGGUUAGUGCCGGCGAGUUGGGUACCGACUCGCGCACCCUUGAAGGGGAGCUAAACAAGAUCCUCGAUAUCGCUCAUUCCUGGGGCGCCGUUUUGCUCCUCGACGAGGCGGAUAUCUUCCUCGAGAAGCGCACAAUCCAGGACAUCCACCGCAAUGCCCUUGUCAGCAUCUUCCUGCGGCUCCUCGAGUACUUUCAGGGGAUUCUGUUCCUCACCACCAAUCGCGUGGAGACCUUCGAUGAUGCAUUCCAAUCCCGCAUUCACGUUGCCCUGCGCUACGGCGACCUCACCACAAAGGCCAAGCGUAGUGUUUGGAAGAUGUUCUUGGAGCGUGUGCAGGCCAUGGAGGGUGUGCAGACCGCCACGUUCACUGAGAAGGACUUUGAUCUGCUGGCUCGACACAAUCUGAACGGACGUCAGAUCAAAAAUUCCGUCCGCACCGCUCAAGCUCUCGCUGUGAACGAACAAAAUCCUUUAUCCAUGGAGCACAUCAAACGCGUCCUCGAAGUCGCACAGACCUUCGACCACGACCUCCGCGGGGGUACAGGCUAUCUCGACGCCAUGAGGAGUUAUACCUAAUUUUGACUUUCAUGUUGUUUCCGUUUGGUCUUUCCCAGCGAAAAAAAUUGGCACUCGAACUUGGCAACCCCUACCUAUCUACCUCAUCUAGCUAGUGACGACAGAUUGGAUAACGCCUCCUCCACUGACCGCCUUUCUCGUGCGAAGAUCUAUUCCUAUUUUUAUUACCUUGAUGAUUAUUCUUAUUGCUACUAACCCCAUUCCCCUGAUGAUGACGACUGUUCACGAGAUGCGUUAUUUGAAAACCAAUACCCCACUCUUUUUCAUCUUCGUCCUCGCUAUCGUUAUGACAUCUGCUGGAUGUUGCCAUUCCUUUGUGUACGGAGUAGACAGGAUAACCAUAUCUAAUUUGCAAAGAUUGUGGUUAAUUCGUUGUGCUCGGUAGCUAAAACAGAAACAAAGAACACGUAACAGUUGAACACGAA